AUGGCUACGCUACUCUCUCACCUGCCAUCAAUACCGUACCCGCCUGAACAGGACGGCUGGUUUUCGCCCGUCACGUCUACUCUGGAUUGGUGCGAAGAGGCUGCUAACAGUAGCAAGAACUAUGUUGUCACUCACUACGUCGCCGAGCUUGUCAACACCUUUACCAAUCUUUUGUUCAUGUACCUGGCGGCCAAGGGCAUACGCAACUGCCUGAAGAAUGGACAUGAUACAGUCUUUCUCGUUGCCUUUGUUGGCUAUCUGAUUGUUGGAACGGGAAGCUUCUGGUUUCAUGCGUCACUAAAGUACCCUAUGCAACUGGUCGACGAGCUUUCGAUGAUCUACACGACGUGUCUCAUGAACUUUGCAACCUUCUCGUAUGGCAAGUCGCGACUGUACGCGACCAUGCUCGGUGUCGGCCUGAUGUCCCUUGCCGUCUUCAUCACGCUCUACUACCACUACUUGCAAGACCCAACUUUUCACCAGAAUGCCUACGCCGCCCUCACGGCAAUUGUCCUGUUCCGCGCCGUGUACGUCAUGGAGAUCAACAUCCGUCCACGCUUCAGGACGCGGGAGAGAGAAGCAGCGAACCCGCGUCUGCACGGGGGUGCCAAGGGGGCGCGACAGAAGGAGGACCAGCGGGACCAGGAGAUUAUCAGCACCAUGUGGACCAUGAUUGCGUUUGGCCUCAGCAUCUUUGUGGGCGGCUUUGCCAUCUGGAAUCUUGACAACGUGUACUGCUCAAAGCUGAUCCGAUGGCGAAGGGAGGUGGGCAUGCCGUGGGGGUUCGUGCUUGAGGGGCAUGGGUGGUGGCAUCUUAUGACGGGCGUGGGGGCCUACUUCUACAUUGUAUGGGGCAUCUGGCUGCGACACUGCCUCAACUAUCGGCAGGACGAGUACGAGCUGCGGUGGCGGAAUUUCUGGACGAUGCCAGAAGUGGUCAGGAGACAGGACGCGGGGGCCAAUGGGCCAGCGAAGAAGAAGCUUUGA